AUGGUCAACAAUAGGCGCAAAUACCGCAAGAGUAUAACUGGCAACCCUGGUCGGCGCCGAGAACGAGACGCAGCACGAGAAAGGGCUUCUCAGGUGCAAAAUGCUCUGCAGAGCUCUUCCCUCCCAACAUCGCCAGUGCCUCUUGCACGCUCAGCGACGGUAAGUGAGCGUACAGUUCAAUCGCAGCCUCUCCCUGUCACCCGUACCUCUCCUACUGCUGCCCCUCGAGAAACGACAGUGCUAGAGCAGGCACAGCAGCUAGUCGACUACGGGCGUCCGUUUGUGAUUGCCGCCAACGCCUUUGACGGUGCCUUGCAGCAGCUGGCAGGCAGCAACACUGCCCCAUGUAGCCGCUGUCGUCGUCGUUUUCCUUCACUUGUACUGCAUCAGCGCAGCAAACGGUGCAAAGAGUGCACCAGCAGUGCAUCACCAUCACCACCACCACAGUUUGGUCCUCAGAGCAUUUACCCGGCUGCUGUGCCUCCCGAGCUUCAGCGACUGACGCUGCUUGAGCAGGCGCUCAUUGCGCAGCACCACCCAGUAGUGACUGGCAUUCGCCUGACGUUCACGCCCAAUCGUCGGUGGGUCACCUACACUGUGACACACUUUGGUACUAAUGUGGCCUUUAGGCUUGCCACAACGUUGCCUCUUUCGCUCGGUCGCCUCGCGUCCGUCUUUUUUCUCUUUGAUCGUGUCCAACCGGGCAACAACAGCGGCGGCGGCGACGACAACAUAGUGACGCUUGUCGAGUCGUUGGCACUUCCGCUGCCCUUUGACCUGAUGGCUCGUCGAGAGGUGGUACGUCAGGCGUUGUUCUGGCUAAAGGAGCACAAUCGGUACUACGAGCAUGUCGACAUAUCAGAGGACAAUUUGGCCGCCAUUCCUCUUGAUUUGCACAAUUUGCUGCCUGCACUGGCGCGCCUGCAGUACGAGCACCAGCAGCAGCAGCAGCAGCAGCAGCAACAGCAACAGUCGCAGACCAACUACGACGACACCGGCACUGAUGCCUCCACCUUUUCGUUUCGCAGCGGCAAUGUUUCCGUUUCUAGCGGUGCAGGCACCGUUUCUUCUGCCACUGCAACUGCUCCUUCGGGGACAGACCACCUUUGUGCCGCUGCUUCAGCCACUCAACUACCAGCUUCGAGUGGCCGCACAGCUUCGAUUGCCCUUUGCGCAACAGCAGCCUACGGUGAUCCGUUUACUGCAAUGCAGCGCUAUGAAGGCUUCUUUACCUACGCCUUUCCGCAUCUCUUUCCACAUGGCCGCAGUGAACUGCGAGGGCCGCGUCGGGCCGACAUUUCACCAAAGGCCUACCUCGACUACUUGAUGCACUUUGAAGAUAGGCGUUUUGCGCGCGACAGUCGCUUUCCCUUUCUGGCCAUGAAUGCGGUGCUGCGCUGGCAGGCCAGCUUUCUCAUUGGCCUUGCCAUCCGCCAGACACUGGCGGCCAACUGUCGAACGGUGGGCGAGCUGCGAGACACCAUUGAACGGCAGCGACAGCAGCAGCAAGAGCAACGAGAGCUGUUGCAGCGUCGACAACGACGGCUGAGGGGGCGGUUGUUGCCGCCACGGAGGCUACGCCCCGCUCACUUUGACUCUAUUCUGGGUCGCAUUCGCGCCUACGUGGCGCGUAUUCGCUCGACCGCCUCCUACUGGGAGCAUCAUGGCGCAGAGCUGGCAGCCAUGGUGGCGCAGCUGCCACGCCAGCCCACCAUCUACUUUACCCUGACGGUGGCCGACUUGCACUGGCCCGACUUGUACGCCUUUCUCCUUGCGCACACGGCCAACACUGAGCCGCUGCUGCCCAACCAGUCAGCCGAGGACGUCAAGGGGCUAAGUGACGAGCAGCGGGUGCAGGUGCUGCGAGACAACGCCGAUUUGGUCGCCUUUUACGUUCAGCAGCGAAUGAAGCUCUUUUUCGAGCACAUUGUUGAGCCGCUCUUUGGAGUGGUCGACAGCUGGCGUCGUUUUGAGUGGCAAAAGCGUGGCAGCGGCCACGUUCACGGCGUCAUUUG